CACGCCUCCCUUAUUGACUACUGUCUCUCUCUGUCUAGAAGUUUCUCUCACUACCCUCAGCUAUGGCCGUCGUUGAGCCAACCGCCGACGCACCAGAAAAUCCUCUCCUCCGUCGCCGCAACUCCGUUACGCUUCCUACAAAGCUCAGCUUACCUCUUCAAUCAUCGGCAUCAACUACUACAGCUACCGCCACGUCAUCGGCUUCGUCUUCGUUGACGAAUUCGGUAAGCGAUGAUUUUGAGCUUUUCUCAAUUAAGCCUGUAUCGUAUACUUCUCUGAGGGAUCUAUUACCGCCGGCCGCAGUUAAUUCUCCCCGGCCUUUGGCUACGGCUAACAACGGCCAAUCAGGUUCCGAGAUUUCAAUCCGGAAUCGACUUGUGAAGCAAGCCGCUUGGGCUUAUCUUCAGCCGAUGUCGACUUCGCCGGAUUCAACCGGACGGAGCUUAUUUAGCCGCCUCUGGUUUUGUUUUCCGGUUAACAAUCCCGUCGCCGGAGUAAUCGAAUUCGUUGAUCGGCACAUUUUUGCUCCUUUGAGUAGAGCUGUUGAUUGGAUACUUCGUGCUAUUCGGAUCCGGAGCUCCAGAUAACAACAAAUACAAAUAACCCGA